AUGGCCCAAACUACCAAAGGAACCGCGGGUGUCCUUCAAAUCCCCGCAGCCGCCACGCAAAAGUCGGCCCCGUCGAAGAAGGUUCACAAACCUCCUGCGCCUCGCCUCAAGCUCCUCAUCCGCCGAUUGCCCCCCGGACUGACCCAAGCAGAGCUUGAAGGCGCGCUGGGGACUGAGUGGAAAGUGGGAGGCGGGAAAGUCGACUGGCUCCAGUACAAGCCAGGUAAAGUCUCCAAAGACCCCGCCAAACCUUCGCGCCCUUCCAGAGCAUAUGUCCAUGUCGUGUCUAGUGAACAAAUUACGCCGCUAUCCGAGCAAGUUCGUCAAGCUUCGUUCCACGAUGCACGAAACACUUUCCAUGACCCAGUAUUGUUGGGGCCCCCGACGCUUGAAUUUGCCCCAUAUGCAAAGACGCCCGGUAGUCGCGUGCGCAAGGAUGCUCGCCAGGGUACCAUAGAUCAAGAUCCAGAUUUUAUCGCGUUCUUGGAAAGCUUGACGCAACCAAUUACCAAAUCAGCACCAGCAGAGGCUGAUGGGAAUGAGAAGAAAGACUCCGUGGUGACCACUCCUCUGGUACAAUUCAUUAAAGACAAAAAGGCGAGCAAGGCAAAGGACGGUGGGGGCUCUAAAUCUUCGAAGGGCCGAUCGGAUAAGGAACCGAAGGAGAAGGUCCAGGCGAAGAAAGUUCUACAGCGACCAAACAAAGAGACAAGUACGGCUGAACCCUCGGAGAAGAAAGGGAAGGGCGAGAAAAACCCCAAGGAAUCUGCCAAGGCUAGCAAGCAGGCCGCCUCUGCAUCCAAACCAGGCAAAGCCAAUGCCUCCAACACUGCAAAAGAGAGUGGUGGCCAGGAACGGAAGAGAGAGCGUGGCAAUGCGACUGGGGUCAACAAGAUUCUCCAGCGCGAUCUGGGAGUGUCUCCGGCAGGUGGAUCAGGUGGACGGCGACGAGGAAAAGGCGAUUCGAACGAAACGGACUCGCCGAACGACAGUACCCGCGACUCGGCUACGGCUACGUUGGCCCCCGAUUCAACCAAGAAGGACCAAACUACGAAGGGAAAUAAGAAUGCCGGACCGAUAAAAGCCAAAGAGAGCGAGUCUCCUCAAGGUCCCGACAGCACACCAACCUCGAAUCCACCCGCGAAGACCCCCAAAGGCACGAAAGGAAAGUCGACCGCGCCACCCUCUCCAACUGCCACUCAAGCGUUCUUGAAGCACGCCAACCCAUCACAGGGAGUCACCGAGGCCUUGUUGCAAGAGGCAUUCGGGUCGUUCGGUGCAGUGAGCAAGGUGGAAAUCGACAAGAAGAAAGGCUUUGGCUAUGUGGACUUUGCCGAACCGGGUGGGCUGCAGAGAGCCAUCGCAGCAAGCCCCGUGGCAGUCGCGCAAAGCCAGGUGGUGGUACUGGAGCGCAAAGCGAAUGCUGCGGGCGAGAAGUCGCGGAAGGGUCGUAACGACCCGCAAGCUAGCGGGAAAGCGAAGGCCGCGCCAAGUGACGGGACUUCGCCGGCUCCAGCAGCAAGCACUACUGGCAGCUCAUCACGAGGACCGCGUGGCAGGGGAUCACGGAACAAAGGGCCGAAGGGAGGUGGUUCAGGCGGAGGAAACACUGGAAGUACGGACAAGGCGGAGAAGCCGAAGGAUGGAGAAACAAAGGGGCAACACAGCGGUGCUAGACCGCUUUUCUCAAUCGCGAGAAUGAAAAACCUUUCAGACCUCCUCGACACCCACCAGGACCAGCCGACCGAAGUCAAGACGCCGAGACCAGGCAAAGAUCAUCACCACUCCCUGGACCGAGACACCGACACUGCAAGCAGCACGCGUAACGAUCGAGGCGGGAGUAAAAACGGUUUCACUUUAGGGCAUCGAGGACAUAGAAGUCAUCAGCAAGGGUGGAGAUUCUGUGGCUCUUUUAAAGAGCUUAGAAAGGGGACGUCUACUCUAAAGUGA